AUGGUUCGUCCAUCCUCAGCUGCAACACACCCUUUCCCUCCAACUGCCCCAGCGACGCGCCACUAUGAUGGACUACUAUUCCUGACAGACGCUCUGCGAGGGGAGGAAACCAAGUCUCUCCGUUUGAGCGGCACAGAGGCGAUGGAGGUGUCGUCAGCGUCGUGGGUUUCUGGGAAUGAACAUGUGUGGUCGUUUUGCGCGGUUACGAGUGGCGAAGAACGGUGGAGGUGGAUGGUGAAUGGAGGAAUUGGAGAUGUUUGCAGCAGUUGCGGUGGCUUAAGACGCGGCCACGGAGGAAGGGAUGUAGCUCGCCAUUUGUUGAAAUGUUAA